UCAUCACCGGCAUCUUUUUCGAUGCAGAAUGCAGACGUGAUAGCCAUUAUGUUCAACCCGUACUGUACUGAUUGAAGAGGACAGGUGACUCGUGUAGUAAAUAACUUAUAAGUGUAUAUACCCAGCUAGGUCAUUCCUAGUCAGUGGAUAUACUGACAUACAGACUUCAGGCUCUUCUUAUAUUACCAUGUUUACAUUUUUUUUUUAAUUGCAUUCAAGAUUUUAUUGACAAAUAACCACACUUGCACACGCUGGCUUCAUAACAUCAGCGAUUUGAGCAUGCAUUGAGAAUCACUGAUAUGUGAUUAGAAAGUGCAAACGAAACUCAUUUAUUGUUCACUAAAAUGAAUGAAAUAGCAGAUUUGUUAUCAAAGGCCUGACUCGUAGGUACAAUCAAUCAAUCAAUGUGAGCUUUAGGCACGUCGUGCACUGUGUGUGAGUGUGUGUGUGCGCGCGCGUUUUCAGGCUCUAUAAGCCGCUCGGACUAUUUUAUUUUUGGAGCGUGACAUUCUCACUGCCCUUUCGCGUGUUGCAGUUUGUGCUCGUGCCCGCAUGCACCGUAACAUACUGUUGCUGCAUCAUGGACUGAUUUGGACGUCUAGAGAAGCAAGAAAUCGGAACUACACUCAAACAAACAAACAAACAGCAGAGAAUACUGAUGCAUCAAGGGGAGUCAGCAGCGUGGUCCGACGCUGUGUAAAUAAACGUACAACUCAGGAAUAUGCGGUAAAAAUCAUUGACAUAACACCAUCAGAUAAAAUGACACCUCAAGAGAUUACGGAGAUCAGGGAAGCCACAAUGAAAGAGAUCGAGAUCCUGAGGAAAGUGUGUGGGCAAGAGAACAUAAUUCAGCUGAAGGACUGCUAUGAGACAAAAGCCUUCUUCUUCUUGGUCUUUGACUUGAUGAAAAAAGGAGAGCUGUUUGAUUAUCUCACUGAGAAAGUUACACUGAGUGAGAAAGAGACAAGAAAGAUUAUGCGUGCUUUGCUAGAAGUGAUCAGCUUCCUUCACUCCCAGAACAUAGUUCACAGAGACCUGAAGCCUGAGAACAUCCUCCUGGAUGACAACAUGAACAUCAAACUGACUGAUUUUGGCUUUGCUGUCCAGAUUGCACCGCAGCAGAAGCUCAAUGAGGUAUGUGGAACACCUGGUUAUUUGGCUCCAGAAAUCAUUGAGUGCUCCAUGGAUCCUCAUCAUCCAGGCUAUGGCACUGCAGUGGAUAUCUGGAGUGCUGGCGUGAUCAUGUACACACUGCUGGCUGGAUCUCCUCCAUUCUGGCACAGGAAACAGAUGCUGAUGCUGCGUAUGAUACUGGCAGGAACCUACCAGUUCACAUCUCCAGAGUGGGAUGAUCGCUCAGACACAGUCAAAGAUCUGAUCUCCAAAAUGUUGGUGGUGAAUCCAGAACAACGCUACACAGCCUUCGAUGCCUUAAAUCACCCAUUCUUUCAGCAGUAUGUGGUCGAGGAGGUGCGACAUUUCAGUCCAUACAGGAAGUUUAAAGUCAUAUGUAUGACCGUCCUUGCUUCAGUGCGCAUUUACUGCAACUAUCGUCGUGUCAAACCCAUCACCAAGGACGUGAUCAAGAGUGACCCCUAUGCAGUGAAACCAAUUCGCAAACUCAUCGAUGCCUGUGCAUUCAAGAUCUAUGGACACUGGGUGAAGAAGGGCCAGACGCAGAACAGAGCAGCCCUGUUCGAGAACAGCCCAAAGGCCAUUUUACUCUCUUUAGCGGCCGAGGCUGAAAAUUCAUCAUUGCGAACAUGGUAGAUGAAAAGGAGACAUCUGAAAUGAAGGAAACAGGAAAAUAAGAAAGUGGCUUGAUCAAGAAUGUUACAAAUCCUUUUUCUUGAAUGUGUUGCUAUGCUAAAUUCAGGAAACUGACAUGUAAUCUUAUUUUGCAAUGGUAAAUAUGCAAAUAUUUUUUAGUUAUAAUUUAUUUAAAAGUAAGGAGAGCAACUAUGAGUUGUACUGUAAAAGAAAUAUGCUCUAAAUUAAUUCAUUUUGUUUUACAUUAUGGAAGCUGAAAUAUUUGUAUAUCUCCAGGGAUUCAGCAACAGAUGUGUGUUUAAACCUCAUUAAUAAGCUUAAACAUACCUCACAUAUGUACAGUGUGGCCAGAAAUGAGAGUUUUAACUAUAUACUCAUAAAACUAUUUAACUUGUUAGAUGUAAAGCAAAAUUAAUGAAAAGCAGCAUUAACGAAAGAGA